AUGGCAUCUGUCGUCGCACCCGCACCCACCGCCGCUGCACUCCCCGCAGGAGGCGGAGGCGCCAACCGGCGCGCGUUCCAGGGCAAUGAGAAGCCGAUGGAGGUCCGCCUCAGCAACAUGACGGCCGCCAAGGCCGUCGCCGAUGCCGUCAGGACUUCUCUCGGUCCGCGCGGCAUGGACAAGAUGAUCCAGACCGCCCAGGGCGAGGUCAUCAUCACCAACGACGGCGCGACCAUCCUCAAGCACAUGUCGGUCCUCCACCCGGCUGCCCGCAUGCUCGUCGACCUCUCGGCCGCGCAGGACAUCGAGGCGGGAGACGGCACCACGUCGGUCGUCGUCCUCGCCGGCUCGCUCCUCGGCGCCGCCGAAAAGCUCCUCAACAAGGGCAUCCACCCGACCAUCAUCGCCGAGUCGUUCACCCGCGCCGCCGCCAAGGUCGUCGAGUACCUCACCGAGAUGGCCCUCCCCGUCGACCUGAGCGACCGCGACAACCUCCUGCGCGCCGCGACGACGUCGCUGUCGUCCAAGAUCGUGUCGCAGUACUCGUCCAUCCUCGCUCCGAUCGCCGUCGACUCGGUCCUGCGCCUCGUCAACAACGAGAGCGACAACGUCGACUUGCGCGACAUCCGCCUCGUCAAGAAGGUCGGCGGCACCAUCGACGACACCGAGCUCAUGGACGGCGUCCUCCUGCACCAGAACGUCAUCACGUCGGCCGGUGGCCCGACGCGCGUCGAGAAGGCCAAGAUCGGCAUCAUCCAGUUCCAGCUUUCGCCGCCCAAGCCCGACAUGGACAACCAGAUCGUCGUCAACGACUACCGCCAGAUGGACAAGAUCCUCAAGGAGGAGCGCCUGUACAUCCUCAACCUGUGCAAGGCCAUCAAGAAGUCGGGCUGCAACGUCCUCCUCAUCCAGAAGUCGAUCCUGCGCGACGCUGUCAACGAGCUCGCGCUCGCGUACCUGCAGAAGCUCAAGAUCCUCGCCAUCAAGGACGUCGAGCGGGACGAGAUCGAGUUCCUCAGCCGCGCCCUCGGCUGCAAGCCCAUCUCGGACGUCGAGCAGAUGACGGCCGACAAGCUCGGCGAGGCCGACCUCGUCGAGGAGACGAGCAAGAACGGCGCCAAGUUCGUCAAGGUGUCGGGCGUCCACAAGCCGUCGGGCAAGACGGUCAGCGUCCUGUGCACGGGCGCCAACGGCCUCAUCCUCGAGGAGUCGGAGCGCUCGCUCCACGACGCCCUCUGUGUCGUCCGCUGCCUCGUCAAGAAGCGCUUCCUCAUCGUCGGCGGUGGCGCCCCCGAGGUCGAGUGCUCGCUCAAGUUGUCCGAGUACGCGCGCACGCUCAAGGGCCCCGACGCCUACUGCACCGAGGCGUUCGCCGAUGCGCUCUCGGUCGUGCCGACGACGCUCGCCGAGAACUCGGGCCUGAACCCGAUCCUGCUCCUCACCGAGCUGAGGAACCGGCACGCCAAGGGCGAGAAGACGGCGGGCAUCAACGUGCGCAAGGGUGUCGUGUCGGACCUGUCGGGCGAGAGCGUCCUCCAGCCGUUGCUCGUGUCGAGCAGCGCCAUCGAGCUCGCGACCGAGACGGUCGGCUUGCUACUCAGGAUCGACGACUACCACCCUACACGGUGAUUGGCGUCCGUUCGACCUCGAAGCAUGAAGAACGAGUGUGUAGACCGCUGCACUGUACGAUACGCAAGCAAACCCGCUUUCCUUCCGUG